AUGCUCCGAAACUUGCCCAACAAGUACAACCAGCAGAUGCUGCUCGAAGAGCUCAACUCGUCAGGUUUCCUCGGCACCUUUGAUUUCCUGUACCUGCCCAUCGACCCAGAGACCAACGCGAACCGGGGCUACUGCUUUAUCAACUUCACGGACCCCAGUUGUGCGUGGACCUUGAAGCUCACCUAUGAGGGCCGGAAGAUGGGAAGGUUCAACUCCGACAAGGUGGUGUCUGUGGCCCCGGCGGCUUUGCAAGGUUUCGAGGCGAACUAUGCCCACUACUCCACGGCACGCGUCAACCGCGGCGACCCCUCGACGCGGCCGCUCUUCCUGCGCGAGGCGGCGGUCUCGGGACAAGAGGCGCCUCCCAGACGAAGAGGCGGCAGGAGAAGCCAGGGCAGCCUCAUCGACAUUGCUGCGCGGCAGCAGAAGAAGACCCAGGGGCAGGCGCUUUGCGGGCGGUACGCGGGGUCCGCAUACUUGCUGGUGCGAUAG